GGGGUUCCUUUCUAGGGUUUUAGAGCUGAGGGCCGCGAGGCGUGAUUUCCUGGAAUCUCGAAUUCUCGAGGUCUUGAUCCCAGAUUUCAGCCAUGAAUUUCAAUGGUAGCAGUUCCGAAGGAUCCAGGCAGGUCCGGGUUCGCUUCUUGACGAAGAUGCCUCCCCCGUUGCGAGCUCCGACGAGCGCCAUUGCCGUUCCUUCAAAUCUCACUCGGAUGGGCCUGUCUGAGAUUGUCAAUCUUCUCCUCAAGAAUGGGAACGGUGACUACCAACAUCAACCAUUUGAUUUUCUUGUUGAUGGUGAGCUUAUUCGCAUGCCGCUUGAUCAGUUCCUUCUUGCCAAGGGCAUCUCGGCGGAGAAAGUUCUUGAAAUUGAGUACAUUAAGGUUGUUGCACCUGGAAAGCAGCAGGAUCCUCUCAUGCAUGAUGACUGGGUCAGUGCGGUUGAUGGUUCCAACCCUAGCUUUAUUUUAACAGGUUGCUAUGAUGGUUCUGCAAGGCUGUGGGAAGGUGGAGAAUCGUGUUCUCAUGUACUUGGUGGACACAAUGGUGCAAUCACUUCAGUUAACAUAAUCAAAUAUAAAGGGAUUCAUGGGGAAAAUAACUUCCAUUUAGCUACUGGUUCAAAAGAUAGAACGUUGCGGCUAUGGAUGUUAAAUGCAGUUGAACCUGGGAAUUACCCAGUUGAGGUUCGAGCUUACAAGAUAUUGAAAGGACAUAAUUCUUCUGUUCAAAGCAUCUCAGCUGCACCUUCUGGAGAUAUGUUGUGUUCUGGUUCUUGGGAUUGCUCUAUCAAGUUAUGGGAUGUGAAGAAGCCUGACACUGAAGAUGAUAGUGUGUCAGUAAAGAAAAGGAGGGUGGGAUCCAAUACAGUCUAUGGAGAAGAGCCCCAAUUUGAGGCAGAAGCUGCAUCAACUCUUGUAGGACACACACAGUGUGUAUCUUCUGUUGUCUGGCCUGAAGCAGACACAAUAUACUCAGCAUCUUGGGACCAUUCUAUUCGACAGUGGGAUGUUGAAACAGGCAAGGAUCCAUGGAACAUGGUUUGUGAGAAAGUUUUGAAUUGCCUUGAUGUGGGAGGUGAGAAUUCUGCUCUUGUUGCUGCUGGUGGUUCUGAUCCUAUCCUGAGGAUAUGGGAUCCUCGUAAACCAGGAACUUUGGCUCCUGUUUUUCAGUUUGCAUCUCAUUCAUCUUGGAUAACUGCUUGCAAGUGGCACCCCAGAUCAUGGUUUCAUUUGCUUUCUGCUUCAUAUGAUGGGAAGGUCAUGUUAUGGGAUUUGAGAACAGCGUGGCCCUUGGCGGUUAUAGAUUCGCAUAAAGAUAAGGUAUUAUGUACAGACUGGUGGAAAGAUGAUAGUGUGAUUAGUGGAGGAGCCGAUUCAAAGCUUUGUAUUUCUUCUGGAGUAUCAAUUCCAUAAAAUCACAGCAGGUUCAGAAGCAUUCUAAUCCUAAUACAUGAUGGAGUGGACUUGUAGUUGGAUCUGUCUUGAGGACAUCAAUAAAUCCACUCGCCCUUGCAGCGUGGCCGAUUUCAGCAUGGUGGAUUUUUUGAGGUAAACCUACAGAAGAAGCUUAAAUUUUGGAAAUUAAUUUUACAUGUUAAGAGAGUUUCCCUUACCCUGUUUUCCGGUUACACCCUUGAUUAAUUAUUUUGUAACUUAUUUCUAGCUAUGCAUGCUUUUGUCGUAUUAUUAUUAUUUCAAACGUUGCCACUGUAUCUUAUUUUUGCACAUGAGACCACCUUAGAGGUUUUGUAUGGGAGGCAUUCCACUGAUUACUUGGGGCAUCUUGUUUAACCUAAAUGGUGCAGUGAAAAGUUUUUAGACUUUGUGAUCAUCAUUGUGUUUUGCAGGGUUAGUGAAAAAAAAAUUUAAUUAGUGAGGAUUGGAUUUAUUUUGAGAUGUGAUCAUUUGUUAGCUUAGUUGUGAACAAACAAAUGCUACAUUUGAUGUUCACAUGACAUGAUGCUUUUAACAUAGAUUGAUGUUACCAUUGGGAUGUUAUGCAACUGGUUGUACCUUAAAAGCUUCAACAGAGGAUUUUCUUAAGAGGCCUUCAAUCCUUUUUUAACAAGAAAAAUAAACUAAAUAUGAGCACUUGUGUGUAUGUAUUUUGUACAUGUACAAAGCUACGUGUGGCA